UUCAAUAAGACUCUGUCUAUUGUUACAUGGCCGGGUAUAAAAUCAUGGCCUCGGUCCAAAUCUGCACUCCCAUCACAUCACUUCAGCUGACUCCCGAUAUCGGCAAUAACACAAUAUAAAAGCUAGGGCAAAUGUACAGAAGAGAAGAGACAAACCACCAGAUUGUAGCAUCAUGGAAUCUGCCAGCGAGUUCUCCAUCGACUCCGACUCUGUCGAUCCCGGCAGGGCAACCUCCCUCGUCCAUUUCGCCAAUGAGUUCCCCCCCGACGAUCUGGUCGAGGUCUUCCGACGCCUGCGCCUGCGUGCAAAGGCCAGGGAAUACCCUCAUCUGCACCGCUUCCUCGACGAGGCCACCGCCGUGCUGCGAGACGAGAUCCGCGCCCUCCCGGCAGACCGGCGCGCCAUGUUCCCGGCGUUUGCCUCGGUCCUGGAUCUCGUCGAGAUGCCCAACUGGCGCCGGGGAUGUCUGGCGGGCGCCAUGGAGGGCAUUCUCUUGGCCGUGGUGGAGAUUGGAGCGUUUGUCGGGCAUUUCGAAUCCCAUGAAUACUCCUCCUGCAAAAUGUUCACCGGCCUGGGAAUGGGCCUGCUGGCCGCGUCGGCCGUCUCGCUGGCGUCGUGUCUGGCAGAUGUGCCGCUCGCCGGCGCCGAGGCCGUCCGCAUCGCCCUGCGGAUGGGCAUCCUCGUCGACGACAUCUCGCAGGCCUUGGACCCGCGCGAGCCAGGCGCACCCCCGGAGAGCUGGGCGUAUGUCGUGACGGGCAUGGACGAGGCCGCGGUGCGCGAGGAGAUGGCCGUCUUCAACGCGAGCAUCAACAACCCGCCCGCCAGGAUCUUCGUCAGCGCCGUCGCGAAAGACAGCAUCACCGUGACGGGUCCCCCCUCGCGACUCAAGAGGCUGUUCCGCGUCUCGGAUAGGCUCAAAUAUGCCCGCUUCGCGGCCCUGCCGGUCUACGGCGGCCUCUGCCAUGCCCCCCAUCUGUACACGGCGCAGCACAGCGCGCAGAUCGUCGCGACGGUGCAUCCGGCGAUUGCCGAGCGUGUCAUCGAUAAUAAAAAGAACAUUGGAAGUGCCGUUCCGGUCUUGUCGACAGGCAAUGCCCGGCCCUUCCACGCCAGCACCGGCAGGGAGCUGCUCGACAAGACCGUGCUGGAACUGCUCACGGGCACCAUCCGCUGGGACGACGUGGUGGCAGCCGUGGUCGACUCCCUGGGCGCUUCUUCUGCGACAGCAUGCACCGUCGCCAGCUUCCGCGCAGGCAAGAUUGUGCGCGAGAUGGUCGACACGCUGCAGACUCGCUGUGCGGACUGCGAGACCACCGGCUCCGACCUGCUUGCCUUCCUGUUCGACGACGACGACAAGAAGAAGCAGUACGUCCCCGCCGGGACGGCACAGUCCAAGAUCGCCAUCGUGGGCAUGGCAUGUCGGUUCCCCGGGGGUGCCGACGACCUCGACAGCUUCUGGGAGCUGUUGGCUUCUGGCGCCGACGUGCACCGGACCGUGCCUGCGGACCGGUUCGACGUCGACCGACACACGGAUCCCACGGGGACACGGCGCAACACCAGCCUGACACCGUUUGGCUGUUUCCUCGAGCAGCCGGGCCUGUUCGACGCGGGCUUCUUCAACAUGUCGCCGCGGGAGGCCGCCGAGACGGACCCGAUGCACCGGCUGGCGCUGGUGACGGCGUACGAGGCUCUCGAACAGGCGGGAUACGUGCCCAACCGCACCGCAUCGACGGACAGAACGCGCGCCAGCACGUUCUACGGGCAGGCGUGCGACGACUACCGCGAGGUCAACUCCGGACAGGACGUGGACACGUACUACAUCACGGGCGGAUGCCGAGCGUUCGCGCCCGGCCGCAUCAACUAUUUCUUCAAGUUCUCGGGCCCCAGCUUCAGCUGUGACACGGCGUGCUCGUCGAGUCUGGCGACGAUCCAGAUCGCGUGCACGUCGCUGCUCAACGGCGACACCGACAUGGCCGUCGCGGGGGGGAUGAACGUGCUCACCAACCCGGACGCCUUUGCCGGGCUAUCGCGAGGCCAUUUCCUCUCCAAGACCGGCGGCUGCAAGACGUGGGACGCCGGCGCCGACGGCUACUGUCGUGCUGACGGGGUGGGCUCCAUCGUGCUCAAGCGGCUGGAGGACGCCGAGGCGGACAACGACGCCGUGCUGGGCGUCAUCCUGUCGUCCAUGACGAACCACUCGGCCGACGCCAUCUCCAUCACGCACCCGCACGCGGCGACGCAGGCGGCGCUGUACCGCCGCACGGUGCAGCUGGCGGGCGUGGCCCCGACGGAGGUCGACUUUGUCGAGAUGCACGGCACGGGCACGCAGGCCGGCGACGUGAUGGAGAUCGAGAGCGUCACGGGCGUGUUCGCGCCGGCGAGUCCCAAACGCGCGGUGCCCCUGCACAUCGGCGCCGUCAAGGCCAACGUCGGCCACGGCGAGGCCGCCGCAGGCAUCGUCGCCCUGGUCAAGGUGCUGCUCGCCUUCCAGCACGAAGCCAUCCCGCCGCACGUCGGCAUCCAGACGGCGCUGAACCCCAAGUUCCCCGACCUGGCGAGGCUCAACGUGCGCAUCCCCGACCAGCUUGUGUCCUGGAAACGAUCGCCCACUCGUCGUCGCUACGCCGUCGUCAACAACUUCAGCGCCGCCGGCGGCAACACCACCGUCCUGCUCGAAGAGCCCCCGUCGUCGUCGUCGUCGUCGUCGUCGUCGUCGUCGUCGCUCGAUGUCCGCCCGGUGUUUCCUGUCGCCGUGUCAGCCAAGAGCAAGCUCUCCUUCAAACUCAACCUCCAGCGGAUGCUCGACUACCUGCAGCGCAACCGCGACACCGUCUCCCUCGCCCAUCUCUCGUACACGACGACUGCCCGGCGCAUCCAUCAUAAUCACCGCCUCACGGUCGCCGGCAGCUCUGUCGACGAGAUCAGCGCCCGUCUGGCCAAAUGCCUGCCCACCGCAGAGACUCACCGACCGGUCGCCUCCUCCUCUCCCUCCUCUCCCUCAGGCCCUCCCAUCGCCUUCGUCUUCUCCGGGCAGGGCUCCUUCUAUCCAGGCGUCGCCAGAGACCUCUUCGCCGCCCUCCCCUUCUUUCGUGCGCAGUUGCUGGCCCUGGACGAAGUCUGUCGCCGUCACGGUUUCCCCUCCUUCCUCGAGGCCGUGACCGGCGCGGAACCGGCGGAUCACGUGUUCCCGCCGGUGGUGACGCAGCUGGCGAUUGUCUGCGUCGGCAUCGCCUUGACGCGUCUCUGGGCGUCGUGGAGGGUGACGCCGGCGAUCGUCGUGGGCGCCUCGCUGGGCGAAUAUGCGGCUCUGUACGCGGCGGGCGUGCUGUCGGCGAGCGAUGCCAUCUUCCUGGUCGGCCGGAGGGCGUUGCUGCUGCAGGAGAAGUGCACGCAGGGGACGCACACGAUGCUGGCGGUGCGGGCAGACGAGGAGAGCGUCAGAGAGGCCGUGAAGGCCGUGGAGGCCGUGGAGAGCGGAGGAGGAGGAGGAGGAGAUUCUCCAUCUUCCGUGGAAAUCGCCUGUUUGAAUACCCCCCGCGAUGUGUGCAUCUCCGGGGCGACGGAGGAGAUGGCGAGGAUACGCACCGUUCUCGAGGCAAAAGGCCACAGAUGCCACCAGCUGCAGGUGCCGUUUGCCUUCCACUCGACGCAGAUGGAUCCGGUGCUGGCCGAGUUCGAGCAGAUCGCGUCCAGGGGCGCCAGCUUCCGGGCCCCCAGCAUCCCCGUCAUCUCGCCGCUGCUGGAGGAGGUGGUGUUUGACGGCAAACGCAUCAACGGGCAGUACAUGAGCGACGCGACGCGGCAGCCCGUGCGGUUUGCCACGGCGCUCGAGCGCGCAGAGGAGAUGGGCCUGGUGGACGCCCGCACCGUCUGGAUCGAUAUCGGGCCUCAUCCGGUCUGCGCCGGCUUCGUACGCAGCACGCUGGCCUCGGCGGCGGGCUCGAUCACGGCGGCGACGCUGCGGCGCGACGAGAACAACUUCGCCACGCUGGCCGAGACGAUGGCUGCCCUGCACAACGCCGGCGUCGAGGUCGACUGGAACGAAUGGCAUGCCCCCUUUGAACCGCAGCUGCGCCUGUUGACCGAUCUGCCGGCCUAUGCGUGGAACAACAAGAGCUACUGGAUCCAGUAUAACGGCGACUGGAUGCUCACCAAGGAUAAACCGGACCUUCCUCUGCCUACACCAGCUGCUGCUCUCCCCUCUACCCUCCGCACCUCGCUCAUCCAUCACGUUCUCGUCGAGGAGAUUGGCAACGACGGUGGCGAGCUGGUCAUCCAGUCCGACCUGAUGGAGCCCGAGUUCCUCGAGGCAGCCAACGGCCACCGCAUGAACAACCAUCCGGUCUGCACGUCUUCCAUCCAUGCCGACGUGGCCUUUUCCAUGGCCAAACACCUGUACGCACGCAUCCGGGGAGGCGAGCCGGGCAUGAACUUUUGCAAUCUGCACGUCGAACAGGGUCUCAUUGCCCGCAAGGACCGCUCUCGCCCGCAGUACAUCCGCGUGCGGGCUGUUGCCGAUUUACUCGUGGGAGUCGUCCAAUUCACCUGGUACAACGUGGACAGCAGCAGCAGCAGCAGUGAGGACGGUCUAUCGACAUUUGCAACCGCGUGCAUUGAAUACGGCGAUAAAGCAUCCUGGCAAAAGGAAUGGAACCGCCACGCCCACCUGGUGAACAGCCGGAUCGAACAGCUCGACCGAAUGGCAGACCAGGGCGUGGCAACCCGCCUGUCGCGCGAGAUGGCAUACACCCUGUUCGCGAACCUGGUCGACUACGCCGACAAGUAUCGCGGGAUGCAAUCCGUCGUGCUGGACGGGAUGGAGGCCAGCGCGCGGGUGACUCUCUCGUCUCACACGGGCGGCAAAUGGACCUUUGCGCCGCAUCAUAUCGACAGCGUGUGCCAUCUCGCCGGGUUUGUGUGUAAUGGGGGGAAUGCCCUGGAUCCCAGGAAGAACUUCUACGUCACGCCCGGCUGGAAGUCCAUGGCCUUUGCCACGCCGCUCGUGCCGGGCGGACAGUACCGCUCUUACGUCAAGAUGGAGCCGGUGCAUGGCCAGCAGGGGUUCUAUGCUGGCGACGUCUAUGUUCUACAGGACGACCAGGUCGUUGGCUUUGUGGGGGGGAUCACCUUUCGCUCUUUUCCCAGACUCCUUCUUUCGACUUUCUUCAGUCCGCCGGAUUCUGCUAAGACUGCUGCUGCUGCCACUCCUACUGCUGCUGCUGCUGUCACUCCUACUGCUGCUGCUGCUGUCACUCCUACUACUACUGCUACAGCAGAUCACCCCGUUGUUCAAGACGCGCUGGCGCUGAUCGCCGCGGAAACAGCAAUGGAGGUGAGCGAACUGAGCGACGAGACGGAAUUUGCGUCGAUCGGAGUGGACUCGCUGCUCUCGCUGGUGCUGUCGGAGAAGUUUGUCGCGCAGCUGGGGGUUGAGAUCCGCAGUUCUUUAUUCCUCGAGUGUCCUACCAUUGCGGAUCUCAAGGCUUGGAUUACCGAGUAUUGUUAG